AUGAAGAUCGGCAUGGCAGUGACAUCCGCUUCGCCGCCGUCGAAUCUCCGACUUCCAUCUCAUGCGAAUAGCGGUCGUCUAAUUCAGAACUCUUUGUUGCUGCUCGUCAUUUCUGCAGGUGUCGUCUCGCGUGGUGGAUUUGAGCAUUAUUCUCCACUAGUUGAAACCGAUUGGAGCAGUAUGAUGAAAGACACCGCAGUAUGGAUGCACUCACAGAGCAGGGGUCUAUUUGAUCUUAUCGACCACAUUCUUGUCGGAACAUCUGGAUCAUUUCCAUCAUAUCUGUCUCUUGCUGCAGCUGGUGCCGUAACUAUGGGACUCGGUUACUAUCUCACCAAGAAUAACAAUGGUAGAAUUACCCCACUUGUGGAUCCUUUGAAUCAAACUGUUGAACAGCAGGAUGGCUCGCGGGUCACUGCUUAUCUAAAGGAUGGCAACCUCUUGUCGUAUGUGUACGAAGAUGUGCGCACAUUGUACGAAGGAGUUCGACGAGGGGCACGAGUCUCUAACAAUGGCCCUAUGCUUGGUCGUCGAGUAAAACACGCGGAUGGAACAGAACCGUAUGAGUGGAUCACUUACAAUGAGGUUCUCGAUCGUUCCAACGACGUUUCGAUUGCAUUCAGGGAACUGGGCAUUCCAGUCGGGAAUGAUACUCAUAUUGGGAUUUACAGUAAAAAUCGACCGGAGUGGAUCAUCACAGAACUAGCGGCCUAUAAUUUUGGUAAUGUAAUCGUUCCGAUUUAUGAGACUCUUGGAUUCGAAGCUUGUGUAUUUAUUCUUAACCAAACUGAAAUGCAGUUGGUUGUAUGUGAUGCAGUUUCGAAGGCUAUCGGUAUGAUAUUUGUAUGGUUAAUAUUUUCGAUUGUCAGUAGUCGACACUGGGCUAGAUUUGAUCCUCUUUCAGGUCUUAUUAAGCAGAACUCAAACUGUCCUCAUUUGAAGACUGUGGUGGUGAUGGAACCAAUCACUGAGGAACUGCGCACUGUCGCUUCAGAAAAUGGAGUGCAUGUUCUCACCUUCGACGAAUUGGAGAAAAUGGGCCGCGAAGCUCAAAAUCGGCCUGCUCAUCAACCUCCGAAGCCAGAUGAUUUGGCAACAAUCUGUUAUACAUCCGGCACGACAGGUACACCAAAAGGUGUUAUGUUAACACAUGGAAAUGUCGUAGCUGACGGAGUCAGUAUGGAAUUUUUCAAGUACACGGGAUUUAAUGUUUCGGAUGUUAUGAUCAGUUUCCUUCCCCUGGCCCACAUGUUGGAACGAGUGAUUGAGAGCGUAUGCUUUGCAAAAGGUGCAAGAGUGGGCUUCUACAGAGGCGACAUUCGGUUACUGGCGGAAGACAUCAAGGAAUUACGUCCAACCGUUGUUCCUGUCGUUCCACGUGUUCUUAAUAGGCUUUACGACAAGGUCAUGACCGAGGUGAACAAAUCCUACGUGAAGAAAAUGCUAUUCAAUCUAGCCAUCAAGUACAAGGCCCGCGAGAUGCACAACUUUGUUAUUCGGAACGAUGGAUUCUUCGAUAAUGUAGUGUUUAAGAAGGUGCGCGAAGGAAUGGGAGGGCGCGUAAGACUAAUGGUAACUGGUUCUGCACCGUUGUCUGAAAAUGUGCUGACAUUCGUACGUGCGGCUAUGGGUUGCGUUGUGGUUGAAGGAUACGGUCAAACCGAAUGUGUUGCUGCAUGCACUGUAUCAAUGGAGGGUGACUCGAACGCUGGUCAUGUCGGCAUGGCAAUUCCGUCAGCUUCCAUCAAGCUGGUAGAUGUGCCGGAGUUAAAUUAUUUCGCUAAGGAUGGGGCUGGAGAAAUCUGUGUGAAAGGGCCUAUUGUGUUCCGUGGCUACUACAAGAACGAAGAGCAAACCAAAGAAGUUCUUGAUGAGGACGGUUGGUUACACACGGGCGACAUUGGUAGGUGGACUAACGAGGGUACACUGAAGAUUGUCGAUCGGAAGAAACAUAUCUUCAAGUUAGCGCAGGGUGAAUAUGUCGCUCCUGAAAAAAUCGAAAACAUCUACGUACGAUCUCGGUUCGUUGCUCAAUCGUUUGUUUAUGGGGAAUCUCUAAAAUCAUGCCUUAUUGCUAUUGUUGUUCCAGAUCCAGAGGAAUUCGUUCCUACAUGCAAGAAGCAACUGAACUUGGAAGGAACCCUUCAAGAGCUUUGUACGAAUAAGGAUGCUGUCAAAAUGGUGUUGGAUGACAUGAUUGCUGUUGGAAAGAAGGGAGGAUUAUUCUCGUUCGAGCAGGUGAAAGCUAUAAAGUUAUGCCCCGAUAUGUUCACUGUGGAAAACGAUCUCCUUACUCCAACCUUGAAAAGUAAAAGGCCGAAGCUGAAGUCGCAUUUCGCAUCUGAACUCGAAGCGAUGUACUCGACGCUUGACUAA